AUGGCCGGCGGGGAUGGGACGCUGCGCCGCCUGCUGAAGCUGCACCGCACUGAGAUCGCGGUGGCUAUAGACAGCGCCUUUCCGCUGCUGCACGCCCUGGCCGACCACGACGUGGUCCCCGAGGACAAGUUCCAGGAGACGCUGCGGCUGAAGGAGAAGGAGGGCUGCCCCCAGGCCUUCCACGCCCUGCUAUCCUGGCUCCUGACCCGGGACAGUGGGGCCAUCUUGGAUUUCUGGAGGGUUCUCUUUAAGGACUACAAUCUGGAGCGGUACAGCCGCCUGCAUCCUAUUCUGGAUGGCUUCCCAAAAGAUGUGGACCUCAACCAGCCCCGGAAAGGGAGGAAGCCCCUCGCUGGUCCCAAGGUCACAAUACUACCACCCAGACCCCCCACCAAGAGGAAAGCACUAGAGGAACCUCGAGCCACCCCGCCAGCAACCCUGGCCCCAAAGAGCACCUCCAGCCCAGGCUCCCACCUGAAGACCAAGCCCCCUAAGAAGCCAGAGGGCAGCUCGGAGUCACAGCGCCUCCCGCUGGCUAACGGACUUCAGACCAUGGCAGCUUCCGUCCAGAGAGCCGUGACUGUGUCCUCUGGGGAUGUCCCAGGAACCCGAGGGGCUGUGGAAGGGAUCCUUAUCCAGCAGGUGUUUGAGUCAGGAGGAUCCAAGAAGUGCAUCCAGGUUGGGGGAGAGUUUUAUGCUCCCAGCAAGUUUGAAGACCCAAGUGGUAGCACAAAGAACAAGACCCGCAGUGGUGGCAGUCUAAAGCCAGUGGUCCGAGCCAAGGGAGUCCAGGUCACCAUCCCUGGCAGAGAUGAGCAGAGAGUGGGCCAGCUGUGUGGUGUCCCUGUCCUUCCAACCCUCCCCAGUGAGCCCCAGGCUCACCAGAAGAAUGAGGACGAGUGUGCUGUGUGCCACGAUGGAGGUGAGCUCAUCUGCUGUGACGGCUGUCCCCGGGCCUUCCACCUGGCUUGCCUGUCCCCACCUCUGAGGGAGAUCCCCAGCGGCCUCUGGAGGUGUGCCUGCUGCCUCCAGGGCAGAGUCCAGCAGAACCUGUGCCAGACUGAGGAGUCCAGGCCCCUGGAACCACCUACAGAGACACCGGUCCUCCUGGGGCUGAGGUCAGCUUCAGAGGAGACCAGGGGCCUGCCCAGGGAGCUCCCAGCCAGCUCAGAUCCUGCCAUCGCAUAUGUGAACCUGCUGGCCCCACCUUCCGCAGCCCCCCUGCCUCUGCUGGAGCCUUCAGCGCUACGCCCUCUGCUGAGCGCUGGGACUGAGGGGAAGCAGGGUCCAGCGCCAGGUGCGCGGUGCGGCGUGUGUGGGGACGGCACUGACGUGACAAGGUGCGCACACUGCGCUGCCGCCUUCCACUGGCGAUGCCACUUCCCGACUGCCGCUGCCCGGCCAGGGACCAACCUCCGCUGCAAGUCCUGCACUACAGAUCUGACCCCCAUGCCAGGCGAGGCUGCCCUCGCCUCUGUGCGUCCGGCCCCUGGGCCUGCCAAGGUGGGGGAUGAUUCUGCUGGUCAGGAGCCUGUUCUACAUAGGGACGAUCUCGAGUCCCUCCUGAAUGAGCACUCCUUCGAUGGUAUUCUGCAGUGGGCCAUCCAGAGCAUGUCACGCCCGCUGGCCGAGACACAGCCCUUCUCUUCCUGA